CGCUAGGGUUUUAUCCCGCAGCAGCACCAUCGUCGGCGGCGGCGCCACCAGACCGGCCAACCAAACCCCGCGAGAGCUCGAGAUCGAGAGAGCUAUGAGGCUCCUGACGCACAACUUCCUGGCGUCGAACGUGAGGGGCGUGAGCACGGGCUACCCGCUGGCGCUGGAGGUGGCCAAGUCCUCCAUCAAGGAGGUGGAGCUCAACGCCGACUUCCUCCGCGGGAUCCUCCCCAAGCUCGACUGGCGCGCGCUCGUCGCCGCCGCCUCCGCCGCCGGGUUCCCGGACCUCCUCGCCGCGGAGCAGCCGCCGGAGGCGGAGCUGUUCGCGGACGGCGCCGCGGAGGCCGAGGGCAGCGCGAUCCGCCGCCUCCACCACGCGCUCCUCGAGAUCCACGUCGAGGAGGGCGCCCUCGUCUGCCCCGACAGCGGCCGCUCCUUCCCCAUCCUCAAGGGCGUCCCCAACAUGCUCCUCCACGAGGACGAGGUUGGUAGCAAUGCGCUGGAUGGAGGGCGUAUAUGAUUUGUUCUGUUUCUGGAUCGCAGUUCGAGUCUAUAUUUUGACUUGGUGGAAAUGUAAGGAAGGCGUUUCGCCGUACCACCAUCUGU